CGUGCCGAGGUAAGCAGGGCUUGUUGCUGAACAGAGUGCAUUGAAUUGCAGUUGAACACAACUGAUUUUCACCUAAGACCAGGCUGGAGGGAGCACUCUUGCAGGAGCCUUGAUCUCUGGGAGUUCUGAAGGCUGAAAAAAUCACAGAUCCCAAAACCUUCACCAUGAAGAGCUCUAGAAAUGUUUUCUAUCUUCUCUUCUUUCAUGCUGCUCUCGGCCUGGAGCGUGUCCGGUGGUGCACAGUGUCUGAACCAGAACUUUCCAAGUGUAAUGGCAUGAGCAAGGCCUUCAGUGAGGCUGGCAUCCUUCCCCCUCUGGAGUGUACAGCAGGGGGGUCAGCUGCUAACUGUACCCAGAUGAUCAAGGAUGAUUUGGCAGAUGCAGUGACCCUGGAUGGCCGUUUGAUUUUCCAGGCUGGAAGGGAGCAUGGUCUGAAACCUGUAGUUGGGGAAGUAUAUGAUCAAGAGAUUGGAACUUCCUAUUAUGCUGUGGCUGUGGUAAAGAGAAGCUCCAACAUCACCAUCAAGAGCUUGAAGGGAGCGCGCUCCUGUCACACGGGCAUCAACAGGACUGCGGGCUGGGAUGUGCCAGUGGGGUACCUCACUGACACUGGGCACCUGGCAGCAAUGGGAUGUGACCUUCCAAAAGCUGUAAGCGACUAUUUCAAUGCAAGCUGUGUUCCUGGAGCAAAUGGUGUGAACUAUCCCAAAUCCCUCUGUCAGCUCUGCAAAGGGGACUCAGAAGGACAGAACAAAUGUGAACAAAAUUCCCAAGAGCAAUACUUUGACUACAGUGGGGCUUUCAGGUGUUUGGCUGAAAAUGCUGGAGAGGUCGCUUUUGUGAAGCACAGCACAGUGCCUGAAUAUACAGAUGGGAGAAGCCUUUCUUCCUGGGCCCAGCGGCUGCGCUCCCGGGACUUCCAGCUGCUGUGUCGCGAUGGCAGGAGAGCUGACGUGACCGAGUGGAGAAGCUGCCACCUGGCCCGAGUCCCCGCGCGGGCCGUGGUUGUGCGGCCUGACACAGAUGGGACAGUUCUCUUCCAGCUCCUAAACCAGGGACAACAAAGAUUUAAUGGGGUGGGCGCCAAGUUUCAGAUGUUUGACUCAGCAGUCUACGGUGCCCAAAAUCUUCUGUUCCGAGAUGCCACCACAGAGCUUGUUGCGAUCACAGCUCAGAAUUACCAGGCAUGGCUGGGUGAUGAGUAUCUUCGUGCCAUGCAAGCUCUGAGCUGCAACCCCAAUACAGUGCCAGAAAGCCUGAACUGGUGUGUUGUAUCCACUGAGGAGAUUUGGAAAUGUGGUGAAAUGGCUGUUGCCUUCAGAAAAAAGAAUUUAAAGCCAGCAAUUCAGUGUAUUUCAGCCAAGACAAAGGAAGAGUGCAUGGAGCUGAUCCAGAGAAAGGACAGUGAUGCUGUAGUUCUGGGUGGAGCUGAUAUUUACACAGCUGGGAAGACAUAUGGCCUUGUACCAGCUGCUGGAGAAAGUUACUCUGCUAAUGACAGCAGCAAUGCAUACUAUGCUGUGGUGUUAGUGAAACGAAAUGCGUCCAAUGCAUUCACCAUCAGUGACCUGAGAGGGAAGAAGUCCUGCCACACAGGACUGGGGAGAAAUGCUGGAUGGAAUAUUCCCAUUGGUGUACUAAUUAAGAGGGGGAUUAUUAAGAACAGAGACUGUAAUGUUCCUCAAGCUGUGAGUGAGUUUUUCUCUGCCAGCUGUGUGCCCUCAGCUGAGCAGGACAAUUACCCAGCAAAGCUCUGUCAGCUGUGUAUUGGAGAUGAGAGUGGAAACAACAAAUGCAGUGCAAGUAGCCAAGAGCGCUAUUACAGCUACAGCGGAGCCUUCAGGUGCCUGGUAGAGGAUUCUGGGGAUGUGGCCUUUGUGAAGCACUCGACAGUGUUUGAGAACACAGAUGGAAAAAACAGUGCUAGUUGGGCCCAAAAGUUGAAGUCCAGUGAUUUCCAGUUACUGUGUCCAAAUGGUGCCCGUGCUGAAGUCACCCAGUUUGCCAAUUGUCACCUGGCUCAGGUGCCAGCUCAAGCCGUUAUGGUUCAUCCAGAUGUCAAUGUUUUUGCUCUAUAUGGACUGCUGGACAGAGCCCAGGUCUACUUUGGAAAUAGCAGCAAUGGAAAUGGAUUCAAAAUGUUUGAUUCUUCAGCUUUUCAGGGAAAAGACUUGAUUUUUAAGGAUUCUACUGUUGAGAUUGUGCCAGUGAAAGAGAGGAGAACGUACACAGAAUGGCUGGGGAGUGAAUAUAUUGAGUCCCUUGAAGGGAUGCAAACACCCCAGUGCUCUGGGGCAGGUAAUAAGAUAACACAGUACUUACUCAUGGCUACUGUCAUUCCCCUGCUUGUUUUAUGUCAGAUACAAGGCUUGGACUAACACAGUCCAAGUGGGAACUUCCAGGCCACCUCUGCCCUGCCACCUUCUCUUCAGAAAAGCCGCUCUCUGGAUAACAUGUUCUGCUACCAUGUGAAUGCCUCUUCCUGCCUCUUUGCAGAGCAAGUGCCAACAGCAUCUGCUCAUCAGGGAGUGGGGUAGGGCUGGAAGCUGCCCCUGUCUGUGUGGAUGGGGUGGAAUUUGGGGCAGAAACCAGCAAUACAGUACCAACAUGGUUUACAAGAUCAGUCUAAAACUGGAGCAUCUCUGCCAUUGUUGCUGAUACUGAACCACCCAGGAUUCCCAAGAACUGUUAGAUGGAUUCAGAGUUUUUGACCUGUAGAAGAAUUUUUUUUGGAAGGCAAUAUCAAAACUCUCUUGUGUAGUGAAUUUUCUCUCUAGUGGCCUCUUGGCCUGGCUAUGCUUAUACUCCACAUCCCUGCUUUACCCAUCCUACUCUGUUUCUCCUGAGCUCCACUGCCACAGAGGUAAGUGCACAGAGAAUGGACAGGCUGUGAAUAAAGACCAGUCCAGCUUCUGCCAUGGACAAAGUCUUCUACUUUCCAUCAGAAGAAAGUAGGGGAAAUUUCCAAAGUCACUGGAUGAAAAAGAAGCCCAGAGAGACUGGAAGGGGGAUUACCCUUUGACAGAGAAAAGAACAAAGCCAAACGUGAGCAUCCACUGAGCUUACUGACUUUCCACACCCAGUGCUCUCAUGGCUGGCCAGAGAUGUCCUGUGAUCUUCAGUUUGAUGCAGCCUUCAACAAGAACUGUCCUCCUUCUACAUGGGGCAAUGCCUUGUGCAUGAAAUUUGUAUUUGCUGUAGGUGAAACAAAGUACUUCACUUCUGAGUAGCCAUUUCUACUGGCUGUAGUAUUCAGGUUUUAUUUUUAUCCAUAGCUGCACUAACCACAGAUACUGCUGUGCUGCUGGCAGGCACUGUCCUUCUGACUGUAGAGACCACCUCAUGAUGCUGGGAUGAACAGAUAUUUAGUGUAAUAAAAACCUGGUAAAGCCAGAUAGCAAUUACGUAAAUAAGUGAAAAUAGCAAAUAAACAUGAAAAGUAAUCACACUUUAA